AUUAGUGCACGCCCUACAGCCUCCGGCGAAAAUUGUCACCAUGCUUGCCGAUUGUGCCAAGUAUAAAAACUGGUGCAGUGCGAACACAAUCAUAGUCAAACUUCGACAAUCACAUCAAUAACAAUGGCAGCUAAGUUCUUCGCCGUCCUCGCCCUGGCCGCGGUCGCCUCCGCAGUCCCCGUGGUGCCUGUCGCCAAGCUGGCUUACGCUGAGGCUGAAGCCCCCGCCCACUACGACUUCCAAUACUCCGUCCACGACGAGCACACCGGUGACAUCAAGCAACAACAAGAGUCCCGCGCUGGAGACGCUGUCCACGGCUCUUACUCCCUUGUCCAACCCGACGGUGUCCACCGCAUCAUAGAGUACACCUCCGACCACGCUUCCGGCUUCAACGCCGUCGUCCGUUAUGAGGGUACUCCCAUUCCCGCGCCAGCCCCCGCCAAGAUCGCGUACGCCGCUCCCGUCGCUAAGGUCGCAUACGCCGCGCCCGUCGCCAAGGUAGCAUACGCUUCCCCUGUGUCCUACAGUUCCCCUGUGUCAUACAGCUCCCCCGUGUCCUACGCCCCCGUCGCCAAGGUCGCCUACUCCGCACCUUCCUACAGCGCCGCUCCCCUCACUCAAGUCUCUUUCUCGUCCCCAGCUGUCUCCUACCACCACUAGACGCUUUUUAAUUUAUUUAUAAAGUUGUUCUAUUUAUUAAUAUGACUAGUUGUAAAUAAAUUAUUUGUUGAAUUUAUAUUAA